ACACUUGAUUGUUUGACCGAAAUGAAUGAGGUGAGGACAGCCGCAGGACUACCUGCGUUUGGGAAGGCCUCUGACGAUACACAACUUAUAAAAAUCCCGCACACAACGGCGUAUGUAGCGAGGGGUGCCACGUUUGUUUUGUUUUCCAACUAUGAUGUAAAGGACAAAGGCGACAGAACUGAAUUCAAAAAAUUGGACGGGCUUUUCGCUAACUACGCCGGCGCGAAGGAUUGCACGGCAGUAAUGCAGUACUGGAAAGACGGUUUUUCUCUCUUAAAGAAUGAGCUGCCCACUACGUACACGGUGUUGGGCGAUUUUGAUAUCUACACCGACAAGGGCGUCUCAUUUGUCGCCCUUUACAAUCCCAAGGCAAGCCCUGUAGCUAGCUGCGCCUUUGUCACCUACACAACAGCAGGCACGUUUGCUGCCGCAGAAAGAAGCCCCAGUAGUCCCUCAUUAAGGAGACUUCAAGAUGCACAGACAAAAACUUCCGUUAUCUGCUUGUCGGAAGCACUGACCGAUAGAGAGAAGCCAUUCAAGGAAGAUGAAUGGCAGAAGAUUGUUCACGCUAUAAUUAUUCCUGAAGAGAGCAGCGCGGUUUCCCCAAUCCGACCAUCAUUGGCAGUUGGGUUCAUAGCGACAAUUUUUGCCUCAGCUCUUCUGUAG